AUGCAGCUGCAGUCGACUCGUGGUACCGUUGAGGAGGCUAAGGCUCUGGCGGCGGAGAUCGAGGUCGAGGACGGGCCCAACGACGAGGGCGAGCUGUUCAUGCGCCCCGACAAGCUCUCGGACUACUUCCCGCGGCCGUACGCGAAGGAGGAGAUUGCGCGCAAGGCCAACAACGGCGCGCUCGCGCAAGUCAGGAAUUACACUCAAGACCAAGAGCCCCUCGCGCGCGCGGCAGUGGUCGCAUAA